GAUCCUGAUCGUUCCCGUUGACUUGGAGCAAGACUUCUCCUCGUCCCCCCUUCCCCGCGCGCCCUCCUAUCCUCUCUCCUCCCGGCUUCCCAAUCGCCGCGUCGUCCUGAGCCCAGCACGCUCGCAUUCCCGGCGCGUCCCCCCUUCCCCUCGCAUUGCCAGCUGGAUGAGACGACGCUACCAUCAUCGCCUCUCAAACUACUGUUUGUCCGAGCGCAUCGAGUUCCUGCGCGGCUGCUCGGAGACUUGGAUUAGCGUCCGUCAUCGUCCAGCUACUAUUGCAAGCACAGGCAUUUGUCCGCCGCGCAUCACGUCGCCGUCUGCCACCAGUACGCCGACCUAGAGAUCGCCACGACGGCUCCUGGACACUAGAAGGCUCUCUUCUUCCUUCUUUUCAAUGGCUGCCGGCAGCGGCUAACCCCGCACAGUCAGGUGAUUUUGGUUUGUGAAGGAGGUCUAAUCACUUAAGUUACCAUAUGGGAGGUAGUGCACUCCCUCUACAUGGCUUGGUGGAUGUCUGAUUUAAAUUUCAGUUGGUGAGACUUUGUGCACAGCUGGUAACUAAAUUUGUUGUGAACUCCACUCUCGCAGAUCUGGCCAGUCUUUUUUUAAGCACUAUUUAGCAGUUUCCUAGCUGACUUUCCAGAUGCAUCUGUAGGUGCUCAGGAAACCCCUUGCUUGUUGGUACCUGUAAGGAGAGAAUCAGAAACUGUGAGAGCAAUGGCCGAUCUUGUGGUUGGCUUGGCAAAGACGGUGGUGGAGGGGGCCCUGACGAAGGCUCAGUCGGCAAUUGAGGAAGAGGCGAAACUGCAGCAGAGUGUGCAGCACAACCUUGUGUUCAUUGCUGGUGAGUUCGAGAUGAUGCACUCCUUCCUCAAUGUCGCCAAUGAGGAGCGUGUCAAGAACAACGUUGUGAGGACCUGGGUGAGGCAGGUUCGCGAUCUGGCCUAUGAUGUGGAGGACUGCAUAGAGUUUGUCAUUCACCUGGAUAAAAAGCCAAGCUGGUGGUGGCGCUUGCUGCCUCGGUGCUUGGCAGCAUCAGCACUGCCCUUGGACGAGGUGGUCUCUGAGAUAGAGCAGCUCAAGGCUAGGGUGGAAGACGUGAGCCGGAGGAACUCACGCUACAGCCUCAUCAGUGAUUCUGGAUCUAAGCCCAUCAUGCAGCAACAAAUGGCACCUGGUGCUGCAAUUGGCACAAUAGCUCUUGACAUGCUAGUUGAGGCGAGGGAUACCGUGAAAAAGCUUCAAGGUUUAGGAGACCUCGCCCAGCUUCUCACAAAGGAAGAAGGUGACCUUGGAGUAAUCUCGGUGUGGGGAACAGGCAGUGAUCUUGGGAUGACAUCCAUCAUCAGAAAGGCCUAUCAGGACCCAGAAAUCUGUCCAAAAUUUGAAUGCCGUGGCUGGGUGAAGCUGACACAUCCUUUCAAUCUCCAAGAGUUCCUCCGUAGUUUAGUGGUUCAGUUCUAUACAAACAGUUGCCUGCAAGAAGGAAGCAUUGUAAACGUGGAAGAACUGAAGAGGAUUGAGGUGAUGGCAACAAUGGAAGGUGGAUUCAUUGAGGCAUUUAUGAAUAAAGUAAAUGAGAAGAGAUACCUAAUAGUCCUAGAAAACUUGUCCACAAUGGGAGAUUGGGAUACCAUCAGGACGUAUCUGCCAGACAGCAAAAAUAGCAGCUGGAUCAUUGUAUCCACACAGCAGUGCGAAAUUGCAAGCUUGUGCAUCGGGCAUUCAUACCAAGUAAUGGAGCUGAAGCAGUACUCAGCUGAGCACUCUAUAUGCGUCUUCUUCAAGGAGGGUUCUCAAGGUCAUGGUGGUAAAAGCAUGGAGAGUGAUAGAGUGUUGGACAACAGCAAUGAAAUAUCAAUGCAGGAUGAAGCGGGUCAUGGGACUAGCUUGCCCCCCUGCUACAGAAUUUCAACUUCUAAAAGGGAGAAUGCCCGUGAUUGGGUGGACAAUUUUCACCUUGUUGAACGCAAGUCAGAAAUGAACCAACUUUGUAACCAUAUUGCUAAUGCACGUGUCUAUGGUUUGCAAGUGCUGUCUGUGUGGGGGAUAGCUGGUGUUGGGAAAUCAGCCCUGGUCAGGAAUAUGUACUAUGAAAAAAUUCAUCGAAGUGACCCAGUAUUUGACAAGUAUGGUUGGGUUGAUGUAAUCCGCCCACUCAAUUUAAGGGACUUCUCUCGGAGUUUGUUUUUGGAUUUGCAUUCAGAACCUCUUCCAACCUUGGGAAUCAAAGACCCUACCCAGGAGUGUUGUGCGAUUCUAAAAGAUAGUCGGUGCCUUGUUGUUAUUGAUGAUCUGCAGUCUAUUGAAGAAUGGGACUUAAUACAGCCUGCCUUGGUGUCUCGACCUUCUCAAAGUAUUAUCAUUGUCAUUACAACUGAAGCAAGUAUCGCCUCACAUUGUGCAGAUAAUGAAGGGGCCGUAUUUAAUGUCAAAGGUCUAGAAGAUAAGGCAGCCUUCAAGCUCUUCGAAACGCAGGUACUUAGUAAAGAACCAUCAUCUCCUAUAAAGGACUCCAAAGAUGCAGAGCUACAAGAACUAAUUUUAAAGUGCGGUGGUCUUCCAAAAGUGAUAGUUGCUGUAGCUGACUUUUUGGCACCCAAGACAGUCAAUUUGAUGGACAGUGCAAGUUCUCUGAAUGUCAAAUUUAUGCAAGGGCUGGAGAGCAGCCCAGAGUUUGCUUGUCUGCAGGCACUCUUUGGUUGGAUGAACUACUACUUUCGAACUUGUCCUGAUUUCCUCAAGCCAUGUAUUUUCUAUCUAGCAAUUUUUCCUCGAGACCACAGCAUUCGAAGGAGGCGUUUAGUGAGACGAUGGAUUGCAGAGGGCUACUCCAGGGAUACUGGAAAAAGUUCUGCAGAGGAGAGAGGGGAGUGGUUCUUCUGCAGACUCCUUGAUCUGAGCAUAAUCAUGCAGAAACCAUAUCCAUUCACCACGGUAUUAAAUGACAGAAGAACAGUUUCAUGCCAAGUCAAUAGUUUUGUCCGUGAGUAUAUCAUCUCAAGGCAAAUGGAAGAGAACCUUGUCUUUGAAUUGGGGGGUAGUUGCACCCUAACAACUCAACGCACUGGGCGUCAUCUCAUCAUACUGAAAAGCUGGGACAGAGAUAGAAUUGUAUUUGAGAGCAUUGACUUCUCACGGCUACGGUCUCUGACUGUGUUCGGAGAGUGGAGGUCAUUCUUCGUCUCUGACAGGAUGAGGUUGCUUCGGGUACUGGAUCUUGAGGAUGCAUCAGGUGUAAAAUAUGAAGACCUGAAACGAAUGAUGAAACUUCUUUCUCGCCUCAAAUACCUUUCCCUACGUGGAUGCACUGAGAUCUUCUUGCUGCCGAAUUCAUUGGGUGAUUUGACUCAGCUCGAGACUCUGGAUGUCAGGCACACAUCCAUAGCAACCAUGCCACAAACCAUCACCAAACUGAAGAAAUUGCAGUACAUUCGUGCUAGUACCACCAAACCAACAGAGGAACAACCAAUACCACAUACUGCUGGUACAGUUGAACUAACUACACAUACCUCGGUAUCAUGGCUAUCAUCUGUGUUCUCCAGACAUCGACAACUGGAAGGUGUUGAGGUGCCUACUGGGAUGGAGAAAAUGGCUGCAUUGCACACCCUUGGUGUUGUUAGUGUUGAUUCUUCACGGGGGAGCACCAUCUUGGGAGAGGUCAGGAAGCUCACCCAAUUGCACAAGUUCGGAGUGUCCGGAAUCAGCAGGAACAACAGCAAAUUUUUUUGUUUGGCCAUCUCAGGUCAUGCCCAUUUAGAAUCUUUAUCAGUUAGGCUCAAGAAGGACAAUCAAGAUUGUUUGAAUGUCGCCCCACCUGACUACCUGCCUCCUAAGAACCUACAGAGCUUUAAACUGUAUGGCCUUGGAGACAAGUUGCCAGAAUGGAUCAACCAGCUUGACAAUCUCAGGAAGUUAGUUUUGGAGAUGACUGUAUUACCUGAAAAUACUAUUAGCAGCCUCCGGGAUCUUAAAGUGUGUAUUCUACGUCUGUGUAUCAAGCAGCUUCCUGGUGGUAAGCUCAAUUUUUGUGUCAUGUUGAAUGGAGCACAGUUACGCUGCUUUGAAACAGUGAAGGUACUCGAGAUCUCUUGCUGCUCUAGCAUGGAUGUAACUUUUGGAUCACAAGCACUGCAAAAUCUUGAGCUGUUGAAGGCUUCCUGCUGUAGUGGGUCAGGAUCAGUAAUGAAGUUCUCUGGGAUAGAACAUCUGUCUGAACUCAAGGAGGUCCAGAUUAAGGGUUCAAAUGAUGGCACGCUCAAGAAAGACGUGGAGGGGCAAAUCUCCAGGCAUCAAAAGAACCCUGUUUUAAAGAUGGAAUAAGUACUUUCAUCCACUGAUGUAUCGCCAGUGGCAGUGUGAUACAUAGCUGAACUCUGCUUGAUUUAUUUGUUCCGGAGAUGGAAAAGCUGAGUCCAUAUAAGUUCUCUCACGAUGCCUUUAUAUGUAUAGAGCAGAAUUGGACCCGUGAAUUGCUGUUGUACUUCUAUUGCUGUGUGUAGUUUCGCGGUGUAUUACAGUAUGAGUGUAUGAGAUACUUGCUCCUCUCUGGUUUUAUUAUUUCUUUUGCUGGUUUUAUGUAUGAUAUAUUUCCAAUCCCGGUAUGGUACCUGUAUUUCUGCUUGCCUUCA